AUGAUGUUGGAGAUAGUGUUGGUGUCGGUGAUGGUGCUGUUGGCGCUGCUCUGGCAGAUCUUCAAGAAGCCUGCCGGCCUACCUCCAGGUCGAUGGGGCUUGCCUGUGAUUGGUUACGUGCCCAUGGGCAUAGGCAGCAUCAGUGAACACCUCCUUGACUUACACAAGAAGCAUGGAGACAUAUACCUGUGGAAACUGGGAACGAGGGUGAUGGUGUUCCUCCAUGACUACCACCUCUGCAGGGAAGCCUUCACUAGGAACGAGUUCGUCGACAGACCAGACUGGAAAGUUUUCGCAUUCAUGGAGCAUCCUUGUCUCGGUGUGUUUGCAAGCAAUGGGUUGAUAUGGCGCAAUAACCGGCACUUCAGCCUGCGUCAGUUGAAGGACUUGGGGAUGGGUAAGUCCAGGCUGGUGGAGGCGGUACAAAAACAAGCCUUACGACUGGUGGAGCAUUUCAAGACCCAGGCAGGCAAGCCUGCUCCUGUAUCCCAUGCCCUUAGCGUCUUUGUGGUCAAUGUUAUUUGGCAGAUGGUUGCAGGAAAGGACUUCGAGAUGACAGACAAUAAGCUGAAGGAGUUUGAAGCAACACUCGAGUCUCUGAUGGAUGUGGUGAGCGUGAUGGCUAUUCCGGAUUUCUUCCCUUGGCUAAAGUGUUUCCUUCCUGGUUUCUUGAGGAAGCAGCUGUUUAAAGAAGAUCUUCUCUUGAAGUCCAAGAAGAAAUUUUUAAAGUUCUUUUUCGAAGAGAUGGAAGAGCACAAAGCCAAGCUGGACAGAAACAACCCGAGGGACCUGAUAGAUGGUUACCUGAUUGAGAUAGAAGACAGGAAGAAGGACCCUGAAUCUACCUUCAGCGAAAGGAACUUGGCAUUUUUGACAUUUGACCUGUUCGUCACUGGGAGCGAGACGAUGACCAGCACCUUGACCUGGAUGUUGUACUACCUGGCCACCUACCCGGAGGUGCAGCAGAAGGUGCAGGCGGAGAUUGACCAGGUGCUCCCUAAGGGUACUUUGGCUACACUCCAGGACAAGUCCAGGCUGCCGUACACGGACGCGUUUCUACAUGAGGUUCUACGUAAGUCCUCCCAGACGUAUGUUGGAGUGCCACACCUGACAGUAUCAGACACUCGCCUGGGUGGCUACAACAUCCCUAAAGGCACAGUAGUGGCUAGUGCUGCCGCUGCCAUCCAUCACGAUCCACGUUACUGGGAUCAUCCUGACGAGUUCCAGCCGGAACGCUGGCUUGACUCCGAGGGCAAGUUCGUCUCCAAGAAGGAAGGCUUCCUUCCUUUCGGCAUAGGGAAGCGAAUGUGUCUGGCCGAGUCCCUGGGACGUACAGAAAUGCUCAUCUUCUCCACGGUGAUGCUGCAGACUCUCAGCAUCUCCUGUGUUCCUGGCAAGUUGCUUGACCUCCGCCCUGACCCUAAGAAUCCCUUCUUCCACUUCUCCAGGAAACAGGAACUCAUCAUCACUGUACGCGAGUGA